GGGGAUAACAAACAUUGGAAGCUAGGAACAAAGAGAGCUACUUCCCCGUUAGGAGACGCCACCGAAAUACCUCCCCUUCACUCCUCACUCUUCCUUCCUUCCUUCCUUCGCCCAUUACAAAAGGCCACGUACACUCUCAUCUCCCUUCACUCAUUCACUCAUGCAAUUGCAAUUGCAAUUUGCAAAUGCACAGGAUCCCUCAACUCUCCUUUGAAUUUUGAUGUUUGACGAGGCCCAGUUUAUGCUAACUGGAUGGGAGCUCAGAAGAGCAUCCAUGCUGGCAAAGCCAAGAUUGAUGUUAACGUUGAUUUCACUCACAAGCUUUGUGCCUCUUUGAUGCUUCCUCCUUUGAGUAAUGGCAGUGGCAGUCCUCUCUCUCUCAUCAUCGGGAGUCUUUGCAUCAAACAUCCAAACUUGUUUGGUGGAAGUGAGAAGCUUGAUGUGUCAUUGGAUAAGGGCCUGUAUGAUUCGAAUGUCUUAUUGGCUUAUAGAAGGCCAAGACCUCAAUGGCUAGCUCAACAGUCUUUUGUACUACAGCAUUCUAUUUCACCCGAGAUAGGGGUCCAUGGCAUUCCCAUGGACAAUUUCUCCCGGUCAGCUAGUGGAGGUGUAAAUUUGUCUCGAUUAUCAGUAGGCAUGGAUCUCAAUGAGCCUGCAAGUUCCAAGUGGAGUAGCACAACUAGCCUAAAGUUUGAGCAUGUCCGGCCAAUGGAUGAUAAUGGCCGCUCAAUGAGCCGAGAUCUUGAUGGGUUUCCUGUCACAUGCAGUGGAAGUCCUCAUGAUAGUAUGGUAGUUCUAAAGCAAGAAUCUCGGUAUGCAAAGGCAAAUGAUCGCAGUUUUUUUCAGUUCAGUCUGCAAAUAGAACAAGGGAUACCAGUUCUAUCAAAGUGGCUAAUAUUUAACAAGUUUAAAUUCAUUGCAUCAAAGGGAGUCAAACUUGGGCCAGCAUUCCUCUUGACAAGAAUGACAGGCGGUUCCAUUGUGGGGGACAUGGCUCCUUACCAAGCAUUUGCAAUUGGCGGUCUUGGCAGUGUGCGAGGGUAUGGUGAGGGUGCAGUGGGAUCGGGGAGGACAUGCCUGGUUGCAAAUAGCGAAUUGACAUUACCUUUUACCAAGAUGCUGGAAGGUGCUGUUUUCUUGGAUUGUGGAACUGAUUUGGGUUCUGCUCAUCAUGUGCCAGGAAACCCAGCCCUGAGGCUAGGGAAACCAGGAUCUGGAGUAGGGCUUGGAUAUGGUCUUCGUUUGAAAUCACAGUUUGGUCAUUUUGUGGUUGAUUACGCCAUUAAUGCCUUCCAACAAAAAACAGUCUAUUUUGGCAUCAGCAACCUUGCUUCAUGAUCCAAAGUCCAAGAAGUUGCAGAUUUCACACCUUUUCCAUUUCCAUGUCUUGCCCCAGCCACAGGUCACGUCACAGACGUAGCAUAUCAUCAUAUUUAUUGCUGAUGACCGUUGAGGAUUCUGCAAAAUGUUCGAGCUGCAGCUAUCAAGUUCUUCAGUUCCCCUUAUUUGGGAGUCAAAUUACAAAUUCAAGAGCAGCGGAAAUAAUUAAGGUUUUAUUUCCUGUUUCUGCAUCAGAGGUUUUAACUUUUUUUAUGAAGUUAAUUGAUAGAUAAGUUUUACAAGAUAGCUUUUAGUUAAAGCAUAUACCAGAUUUGGACUGGGAAAAGGAAUUGUAAUGUACAAAUUAUUCUUGCCCAUUACAGAAGAUAUGCAUAUUAAUUUUCUUGUAAUCUCUUUCUUGAAGUUUUGUGGGGAAGGAAUAUCUCUGAAUAGACAGGUGACAUUCUUUCCCAUUUGAUUUUUUUGUUCUUUGAAUUUCGAGUUAUAACGAUGUGGAUUUAGGAAUUGCCUGACUA